UCCCCUCGCGCCGGGAGGAGCUGGCGGCGGGCGCCGAGCUGGGCGCGCAGCAGCCGAGCCGGGACUGAGAAGGGACCAUGGGCUGACAUGUCCCCAAUUUGAGGUGAAACCAUGAAGAGGAAAUAGAAGGAGAAUGCUUUUCCGCAACCGCUUCUUGCUGCUGCUGGCCCUGGCUGCGCUGCUGGCCUUCCUGAGCCUCAGCCUGCAGUUCUUCCACCUGAUCCCAGUGUCGACAGCUAAGAAUGGAGUGAGCAGCAAGAGUCGAAAGAGAAUCAUGCCCGACCCGGUGACAGAGCCCCCUGUGACAGACCCCAUUUACGAAGCCCUUUGGUACUGCAACAUCCCAAGCGUGGCCGAGCGCACCAUGGAAGGUCAUGCUCCACAUCAUUUUAAGCUGGUCUCAGUGAAUGUGUUCAUUCGCCAUGGGGACAGGUACCCACUGUAUGUCAUUCCUAAAACAAAGCGACCAGAAAUUGACUGCACUCUGGUGGCUAAUAGGAAACCGUAUCACCCUAAACUGGAAGCUUUCGUUAGUCACAUGUCAAAAGGAUCCGGAGCCUCUUUUGAAAGCCCCUUAAAAGGCCUGCCUCUUUACCCUAAUCACCCGCUGUGCGAGAUGGGGGAGCUCACACAGACAGGAGUUGUGCAGCACUUGCAGAAUGGCCAGCUGCUGAGGGACGUCUAUCUGAAGAAACACAAACUCCUGCCAAGCGACUGGGCCACAGACCAGCUUUAUUUAGAGACCACUGGGAAAAGCCGGACCCUACAAAGCGGGCUGGCCUUGCUUUACGGCUUUCUCCCAGAUUUUGACUGGAAGAAGAUUUAUUUCAGGCACCAGCCAAGUGCUCUGUUCUGCUCUGCAAACUGCUAUUGCCCAACGAGAAACCAGUAUCUGGAAAAGGAGCAGCGUCGCCAGUACCUCUUACGUUUGAAAAACAGCCAGCUGGAGAGGACCUAUGGGGAGAUGGCCAAGAUCGUGGACGUGCCCACCAAGCAGCUCCGAGCUGCCAACCCUGUGGACUCCAUGCUCUGCCACUUCUGCCACAACGUCAGCUUCCCCUGCACCAGGAACGGCUGCAUCGGCAUGGAGCACUUCAAGGUGAUUAAGACGCACCAGAUCGAGGAUGAAAGAGAGAGGCGGGAGAAGAAGCUGUACCUCGGGUAUUCACUCCUGGGUGCCCACCCCAUCCUGAAUCAGACCAUCAACCGAAUGCAGCGUGCCGCCGAAGGCAGGAAAGAAGAGAUCUUUGCCCUCUACUCCGCUCACGAUGUCACUCUGUCACCAGUUCUCAGUGCCUUGGGCCUUUCAGAAGCCAGGUUCCCGAGGUUUGCAGCCAGGUUGAUCUUUGAGCUUUGGCAAGACAGAGAAAAGCCCGGUGAACAUGCCGUCCGGAUCCUUUACAAUGGUGUUGACGUCACAUUCCACACCUCUUUCUGCCGGGACCACCAGAAGCGUUCUCCCAAGCCCAUGUGCCCCCUUGAAAAUUUAGUCCACUUUGUCAAAAGGGACAUGUUUGUGGCCCUGGAUAGCAGUAGUACAAAUUACUAUGAUGCGUGUCACAGGGAAGGAUUCUAAAAGGUAUGUGAUACAGCACUGUAGAACUGCGCCAACGCAGAGGGCUAGGAAAGGUCCGCUUCUGGUUCUGCUUGUUGCUAAGGAUAUAGGACUAUUGAUUUUUAGAGACUAAAAGUUGUGUUGGGAGCCACAUAGAUGGUUUGGGCUGAAUGGUAGCACGUUGUUAUACUCUGGUAUGUGAGUUGCUUGGUACAAAAUGGCCAGUUCACAGAGAAAAGCAGGUACUUUAUCAUAGCUAGACUUUGUUUAGAAUGUCAGAAAAUACUUCAGUACCCAAAGUUGCCACUCUUAAGUUUGUAUUCUUUCGGCCCCCUAUGGUACUGUAUGACAGAACCAGCAAACCUCAGCCACAGUUUUCUUAGUCUUGGACAAUUUUAUCUUGUCCUUGUUUUUUAAAUGGUUUAUCUAAAACAGGGGUUGGCAAACUUUUUCUAUAAAGGGCCAGAUAGUAAAUAUCUGGACUGAGUGGCCCAAAAGGCCACGUUUAACCUGUCACAGCUACUCAACUCUGCUCCUAUGACAUAAAAGUAAUCGCAGACAAUACGUAAAUGACUAAGUGUGGCUAUGUGCACAGGCCAAACAAAUAAGCGGUGGCCCCAGGCUAUAGUUUGCUGUCCCCGGAUCUAAAAAAUACUCUCUACUACAAUUGCACUUCUAGCACUUUGAGAACCGGUUGAAUACUAAGAAUUAUUUAAUGGUCUCUCCAAUAACUUCUGCUAGAAAUACAGAAUUUUUUCUGUGUCUGACACUACUAUAAAACUUGAAGGGGAAAUAAAAAUUGAGUCAGAAUGAAUCAUAGAAAAAUUACUAGAAUACUUGAUGUUCACGAUGAUUGUGGUACAAAAUAGUUUUGAGUAUGUUUUAAAAUUUGUCUGCUGUAGUCUCUUUGCUGUAUAUGCUAAAAUUUUUGUAUUUAGUAUUUUUAUAGUCUAGGAAAAUAUUUUCUAAGGCCAGUUUUAGAUGUGCUCUGAUUCCUAUAGUAAUAUUCAAUUUGCUGUACCUGCUUGGUAGUUAGAAGGAGGCAGAAGAUGAAUUCAGGUACUUUCUGCCAAUAAAACUAAUUAUGACUCAUUCCCUUGGACAAGCAGUAAAAUCGGAUCAAUUUCUAGACCAUUUCCAUCAGUUUCAAAUGGCAAAUUUUGGUUGAUUUUUAAAUACGUUUUUGGAAGAACUUUGUUACUAGGUAGUUAAAAAAUCUUUACAAGGUGUUUUAUAUAUUAGAAGCAAGCAAUUAUAAUUAAAUCUGUGAUUUCUGAACUAAUGGUGCUAAUUCUAUUCAGAGAAAUGUAAAGAACAAGUGAGAUUCCCGUGUCAUUGGCAUUCCAGCUCUUUGUUUUCCCCCGAUGUUACUUUGAAUAUGUGUUUCUAUAAAUAAAUUUUUGAAAAAUACUUA